CGGUGCGGUGCGGUGCGGUGCGGUGCGGUGCGGUGCGGUGCGGUGCGGUGCGGUGCGGUGCGGUGCGGUGCGGUGCGGUGCGGUGCGGUGCGGUGCGGUGCGGGAUGGCCGGCAGGAGCCAGGACCGCAGCCUGCGGGAGGAGCUGACGUGUGCCAUCUGCUACGAGCUCUUCAGCGAGCCCGUCAUGCUGGACUGCAUGCACCACUUCUGCAAGGCCUGCAUCCAGGGCUACUGGGAGAGCUGCGCCCGCGUCCCCUCCUGCCCACAGUGCCGCCGUGAGUUCCCCAGCCGGGCUUUCCGCACCCACUACCUGCUGUCGGGGCUGGUGGAGAAGGUGCGGCGCUGCGGCUCCGUGGAGCACCGGCACAAGAUGCAGAAGCACCUGGAAGACGCUUUGCAAGCUCGUCAGAAGGAGAUGGAGAACUUCUUGCGAAGGAAGCGUGCGACGCAGGAAGAUAUCUGUGGCCUGACGAAGGUGUCUGGGGAGCUGAACUUCAAGAUCCGGGCAGAGUUUGCCCGCCUUCAUCAGAUCCUGGAGGAAGAGGAGAGAGCUGUGCUGGCAGAUCUGGGCGAAAAGGAAGAGCAGUCUCUGGCACGGCUGCACGGGGAUGUCCAUCGGCUGGAGGAGGGGAUGUCGGUGCUGCAGAGGGACAUAGAGCGCAUAGAGCAGACCCUGAGCAAGAUGGAAGAAGUGUCGUUGCUGGAGGUGGAGAGCCUGGAUAUCAGGCCCUCAGUGCGUGUCGAGACCCAGCCUGCCUUCAACCUGGAGCACUACAGGGACAGCCACAGCGGCCCCUUGCAGUACAUCUUUUGGAGACAGAUGCUGCAGUCCAUCUGCCCCGCUCCUGCCCCACUCACCUUCGACCCUGAGUCAGCCCACCCCAACCUGGUCUUCUCCAGAGACCUGACAGCAGUGACGGAGAGGAAUCAAGCCCAGCCUGUCCCCAGCAGCCCCCGGCGCUUCCGUCAGUGCGUCAAUGUCCUGGGCUCCCAGACCUUCGACAGCGGCCGGCACUACUGGGAGGUCUGGGUGGGCAGCAAAACCAAGUGGGAUCUGGGGGUGGCCGCCGAGGCUGUGGACCGGGCAGCGAAGGUCAAGCUGUGCCCAGAGAACGGCUACUGGACGCUUCGCCUGCGGAACAGGACGGAGUACUGGGCCACCGCCACCCCCUGGGUGCGCCUGGCUCCCCGCCGGCCCCCCCGGAAAGUGGGGGUCUUCCUGGACUGUCAGGAGGGCACUGUUGCCUUCUUCAAUGCUGGGGACAUGUCCCACCUCUUCACCUUCCACCAGGUCUCUGCAGAGAGAUACUGCCCCUUCUUCAGCACCUGCUUCAGCGACGGGAGGGACAACAUGGAGCCCAUGCGCCUCUGCCACCUGGCCCUGUGAGGGGUGAGGAGGAGCGGGGUGCUUGGGGGACACCAGCCUGGCUCCUUGUCUCUGCUGGCUGGCUGCCUGGGGCCAUGCUGGAGGCCAGUUCCGCACACGCAGACAUGGUGGGUGUUGGAGGGGCUGUUUUGGUUUCAGUUUUGGGAGGAAGGAGGGGGAUGAGUUUCUUCCCAGCUCCCAUCUGCCCUCUCUUGUCUGUGCCAUGGGCUGCGGGUGCCAUACUCCAUUCCCGGAGGUGCCUGGCACCCCUUGAAGAACAACUUUCCAUGCCUGAGCAUUGCACGGUUCAGUAAGUGCAGCCACAGGGCUGCAGUGCAGGUGGGCGCAGGCUGCUUGCACCUCCCAGGCCUCCAUGCUCCCACCCGUAAACCCUGGGGAGGAGGGGAGGAGGGCAGCGGUCACACAGCACCAUCAGGUGCCUCUUGACACUCAACUCUCUGUCCCAGUGGUGGGAUUCCUCUGCUCGAAGACCUUCAUGGGGAAGGGCUCUGGGCCGGCGGCAGAGGGAGCUCAGUGCACAGCGUGGGAUCCAUCGCAGCCCCGGGACUGCGGCACUGCCUUCCCUCUACUCAGUCACCAUUAAAGCUCAUUAGAAAGACCGCUGCCUGCUGAACCUGCUCAUGGCUUGCAUGUUGGGGGUAGGGAUCUACUGCACUGGGGUGUAGCACGGCCUGGGGGGCACAGAGCAGCCCCCUGGCCCCUGCUCCAGCUCAGGCUCCUUCCCUGUGCCUGCAGCAUAGGAGGCACGAAAGAGCCACCGCUCUCACUCGGCCCUUCCUUUGGAGCGCUCCCUGCACAUCUUGCAGCGGCUCUUGGUCUUUUGCUCACCCCCCUGUGUCAGGCUGCUUGGGAACAAGGUGGGGGUUUGGCAGCCCCAUGGGGUAGGGCGGUUUGUCUGAGCCCAGCCCUGGCCUUAGGCUCCUGUGUUUUAAGAUUCAGCCUCCUCUGGCCUGGCUGAGUCUUAAGGAUUUGUAUACAUGAAAAAUGCAAAGUCCCAUUUCA